AAGUAUAAAGUGAGGCGGCAGUGUUUGGAUUUGGGGGCUGGAUUGCCUAUGGAAUCUGCUAGUCUGCAGCGCUAGGGCUGUCUACUUUCUCGCAUCAGCACCGCGGAGCUUUGAUUGCGUUUUAGCCCGGUCUGCCUGCAUCUGCGUUCCUUUGAUAUUAGCCUUCAAAACAGCCGACGAAGAAACGAAAACGACUUAUAAAAGUGUGUCCAUCCAUCUGCUUGAGAAGUGCACUAUUUUCUAUUAGUAAAAAUGGUUAAACUGGGGAGUAAUCUAGAAGACAAAGGCGCUAAACCGGUCAGUGUGGAGGAUGGCUUCCAAAACGUACCUCUUAUCACCCCUCUGGACGUCGGUAACCUCCAGUAUGGAGCCCCAGACAAGGUGGUGGUGAAGACACGGACUGAGUACCAAACGGACCAGAAAAAAUCAAAGAUGAAGGUGCCCAAGGUGGAGGAGUUCACCAUCAGCUUCACUGAUGGAGUGUCAGAGAGACUCAAGGUCACGAUCCUGAUAGUCCUGGCCUUGGCGUUCCUGGCCUGCAUAGUGUUCCUGGUGGUGUACAAGGCCUUCACCUACGAACACAGCUGCCCAGACGGAUUCAUAUACAAGCAUAAGCGAUGCAUCCCUGCCUCUCUGGAGGCCUACUACACGGCUCAGGAUGCCAACUCCCGAGGUCGCUUCUAUACGGUGAUCAGCCACUACAGCAUGGCCAAGCAGACCACCUCCCGCUCCGUCUCUCCCUGGCUUCCCGCUGGCGCUGCUCCGCACGACCCCAAGCCGCCCAACACAGACGGGCACUGAGUAUGCCUGCCCAACCCUCCCACCAACCCCACCUCGUCUGCCCGUCUCCAUGACAAGCUUUUAACAGGGAGUGUCUGUCGUGCUCCAGUGUCUCGCUAGGCUCAGAGUACUCUCACGCCCACCUGCCCGCCCCAGCUCAUCCACCCAACACCCAAAUCUCUGACUCUCCUCCCUUCUGUCUCGGCUGUCUGUUUUCUUUUCAUGUCUCAUCCGUCUAUUUAUUAAUUAAUUAUUUAUCAUUAUUUAUUUUUUUACUUGUUAUUGCUAUUUUGUAUUUGAUAUCAAUCAACUGUUUGUAUAAAGGCACGAGUCAAUGUUGAAAUCCACUCAGAGUAUAUGCUUUUCUGAGCUGCUACUAACUGAGUGAGUCAAACGUCAUUUUUGGUGCGUCUGCUCGGCCUCCUGUAGUGCCAUGACUCUGUGUAAUCAAAGUCAUGUUGUGAUAAACCCUAAGAACAUGUUUCUGAUUCAAGUCCAGGCAUAUCCAUGUCAUUUGGUGCAUACUCGUACUGUAAUGCAUUCUUAUAGAAAGGGUUUUCCCAAAUUAGUACCUAUUUGUACGUCUAUGGAAGUUAAACAUGAACACCAAUAUACAGUAGAUGCCCUGAAUUAUCUGAGCAAAGCUAGCUAAGUAUUCUCUAUCAUGACGGUUUGAUGACGGAACACUCUUUAAUGUACUGUACUGUAUGUCCUACUUUCCUUAUUGAGCCAAGCUGUAUAAAGCCCAGUGCAUUCAUGCUAGUUUAUUUGUGUGCAUUGUUGUAGCUAGGUUUCAUGAUAUUUUUACUAUUUUUCUUGGGAAAAGAGUGACCUUUAUUGGCAGUUACAUUUCGCUUUAGCAGACAGUCCAGCCACUGUACACAACAUGAAUAUGUGGGCCUACUGCUAAGGAUAAAUACCCAAGACUUGGAGAUAAUCUGGAACAUUGUGUAUAUCACUGUCUCUGCCAAAACUCUGGUUUCUGCAAUGUUUAGAAACAUUUUUAGAUGAGCCUCUCUGCAGAGUUUUGUUCCGUUACCAUUUUCUUUUUUUAUCUUGUCAAAAACGCUUUUUGAACUAUUGUGAUGUUGGUAGUUGAUAUGUAGCAAAGCCUGGAGUAGUUUCGCAGUAUGCAUCCCAUAGGUUUGAAAUGAAAAUAAAGCAAGUUGUGACCUGA